AUGGCCGACACGCGCGCCGAUGAGCCGAACGACCCGGGCUUCAUCGCUAUGGCGCCACUCGAGCCGGCAGAGGACGUUCCAGACGCAGUCCUUGCGGAGCAACUGCUGUCCUUCGGGGUCAUUCUGUUCCCUGAGCUGCAACACUGGCGCGAUGACUCGCAAAAGCGGUAUGUUGUAAGCGCCGCGCGAGGCCAUAACAUUCUGGCGCAGCUUCCAACGGGACACGGAAAGUCGGUGCUGGCCAUUGUCCCGGCCUUGGCGAGAGGGGGCCUCACGUUGUUUGUGGCUCCGACCCUGUCGCUUGUCGAUGAUUUGUACGCCAAAUGCGUUUCUCGGCAGAUACUUGCCUUCCGACUAACUGGGCAGUCGCAGUACGACGAGCAGGCUCUCUGCGGUGAAGCGGUCGUGCACUAUCAGGGCGGUGUUGUGUUGACGACUCCCGAGAAGGCCUGCUCGGGGCAAAUGCAGUUGCUUCUUGAGAAGGUUCAUGUUACGCGGGUUGUUAUCGAUGAGGCACAUUGCUGGGUUGCGGACAGGGAGUGGCGGUCGGGUUACAUGAGGCUCGCGGGUUGGCUUGGGCCAUUCAUCAAGAAAAAAAUGGUGUCUUUGACGUUCAUGUCGGCAACCCUGCCUGGUGACUUUCUCUCGCGCGCGUCCGAGGAACUAGACGUUCCGAGAGAGCCGUGGACUGUUCUGAUUAGCAGCGUGUCCCGACCAUGUCUGCGCUUGGAGGUUGAGUCAAAGGUCCGAGUGACAGGAGCUGCAAAACGCAUCGCCGAGCUAUUGCAGGCUACACCGGAGGCUCAGUGCGCAGUUGUGUUUUGCCGGCUGCCGUCGCAGUGCGACAACGUGUGCGAAAGUCUUCGGAAGUUGGGAAGUGUCGCUGCGCGUGCUGGUACCCGCCUCUGCAAUGUAUACUAUAGCGCCCUUCCUAUGGAGACAAGGCGCCGAAGGCUGCGAAAGUGGCUCAGCAGAGAGGUUCGAUGCCUCAUUGGCACCACGUCAAUCGCGAUGGGAAUCGAUCAUCCGAGUAUUGGCUUAGUCGUUCACUACGGGUUGCCCGAUUCGGCAACGUCUUAUGCACAGCACGUCGGACGUGCGGCUCGCAGAGCAGGACAAACAGCUUGA